AUGAGUUCGAGGCAGGUCCAGCUGAACCAGGAGCUGGCCCGGAAGACACUUGCGGCCGAUGUCCUCGCGAUCGUGAGAGACUCCGUCGAUGAGUUCAACCUCGUAAACUGCGGGACCGCGCUCCAGAGGCUCGCCAAGUGCCCCGACACCCACCGCCUGCUCUCGCCGACAUCGUCCGCCCUCCCGGGCGUUCCCAGGGUUCUCCAGGAGCAGUUCGCGCGAUUGCUCGACGCCGCCGCGAGGCUGGUGAGCAAAGACCCGCGCCACGUGGAGUCAAGGCAGCUCGCGAGCAUGCUGUGGGCGUGCGGCAAGCUCGAGCUCGGCCACCGCGCGGCCGACCUCGUCGAGGGCAUCGAGACAGCCGCGAUCAUGCACGCGUCCAAGUUCAACCCGCAGGAGCUCGCCAACGCCAUCUGGGGCGCCGCGAAGCUCGGGCUGGACCCGUCGCGAUCCGAGCUCGUGCGCGCGGUCGCCGACGCCAUCGCGGUCUCCCUGCCCAGGGCUUCGGCGGCGCCCGGCGGGCCUCAGCGUAACCCCAAGGGGGCCGGACCGGGCGGCUGGCGCGCGAACGCGCCGCGGGAGUGGACGCCGCAGGGGAUCAGCAACGUGGCGAUGUCCCUCGCGAAGCUCGACGCGGACGUGACGCACGGCGAAGGCGUGUCCACGACCGGGGGCGGGUUCAAGUACGGGCGGGUGUUCGGGGAGGUGUGCGCCGCGGCGAAGGCCCGGGCCGAGGACUUCAACCCCCAGGAGAUUGCCAACAUUCUCCACGCGCUCGCGAAGCUCACCGCGGGGGACGGCGACGGGGACGGCGGCGGGAGGACCAUCGUCGGUCCCGUCGAGCGCACCGCGCGCGACGCGACGGAGGCUUUGGCGUCGAGGAUCACGAGACGGUGGAUCGAGGCGCAGCGGCUGGAGCCCCAACACGUGGCGAACAUGUCGUGGGCGUGCGCCAAGAUGGGCGCCGCGGGUGGCGAUGACCUGGCGGGCGCGUUGGCGACCGCCGCCGCGACACUCGCGCCGCGCAUGAACACCCAGGAGCUUUCCAUGUGCGCGUGGUCCGCGGCGGCGUUCGGGAGCGGGCGCUGGCCCGCGGAUUGCGCGGAGACGGUGGCGAGAGCCUUUGGCAAUCGCGCGGGCGAGGCGACGCCGCGGCAGCUUGCGAAGGCGGCGAUGGCGUACGCGAAGCUGGGCACGCUCCACCCGAGACUGAUGGACGCGGUGGCGAAUGCCGUGCUCGCCCUGGAGCAGCCCUUCGCUUCGGCGCUCAACCCCCAAGACGUGGCCAACCUCGCGUGGUCAUUUUCAAAGCUCGGGUUCAAGAAGAAGCGGCUGUUCGACGCCAUCUCCGCCGCAUUUGUCGCCCACCUCGGCGAGGACGAGGCACGCUUUUCGUCCCAGCAACUCACGAUGAUUGUGUGUGCGUUCGGUUUGCUGGAUUUCAAGGAUGAGAGUAUGCUGAACGCGGCUAUGGGCGCAAUGAGCAAGGAACGGGUAGCGGAAUUCAACCCUCGGGAUCUGACUAACACCUCAUGGGCGUUAGCUGCGCUCGGUGUGAACGCUGAGGCUAAGCCGGACCUGGUGGAGCGCAUAGGCCGAACCGCGCGGAAACGUCUCGAUGAUUUUAACUCGCAGGAGUUGCUCAAGUUUCUCGGCGCCUUCGAGAGGCUCGGAGGGAAAGACUCAAAGCUCGCGAAGGCAGUCUCCAAGCAGAGGACACUCUCGUACGAGUUCCCGGCUCUGUCCACACACGCCGAGAGUUCAUUUGUGAAACUCAGCUCCAAGACCCCGACGAGCUAUCAGGGCACCGACCGCGUGCGCGUGGACGAUAGCUGCGGGGGCUGGGGGCGGGGUAACACCGGGGUAGCGCUUUGGGAAGGAAGCUUUGUGCUGGCGGAGUGGCUGUCCCGGCAGAGCACGCCGACGGGAUCCGAUGAGAUGGCCGAAGUUAUGCGCGGUGCGUGGGGACCGAACGAGAGCGGGGGUUGGCGUGGUAUGACCGGCGUGGAGCUCGGAGCCGGGCUUGGCCUCCCAUCGAUCGUCGCGUCUAAGCUCGGGUUGGAAAUGGUGGCCACGGACGGCGACGAUGACGUUCUCGAGCUCCUCUCACAAAACAUAGAGACAAACACCUCCCCUGAGGCCAAGGCGAGGGUGUCCCGCCUGGUUUGGGGAUGUGACGAGCCUCUUGAACACCUCGGCCUCUCCGAGCCCCCCAAGCUCAUCCUCGCAUCCGACGUCGUGUACGGGAACGACCCCCAAAAAUGGAAGCUCCUGGUAAAGACCAUGUGCGACCUCAGCGGGCCGUCGACGCUGGUGGUCAUAGGCAACGUGCAGAGGUAUCCGGUGCAUCACCCGAUGGCGGAGACUAAAUUUUUCAGCGAGGCGACCGCGCGGGAUUUCGAGCGGACAGAGGUGCCGGUGACAAGUUUGCACCCAGACUUUAGAAGGACGGGCGGUGGCGCGUGCGUGAUUCACCUGUUCAGACGACGCCCGGAGUCGCUGAAGCGCUCGCGGUCGGAUAGCGAUGUCAGCGAGAGGAAGGUUAAGAAGUCCAAGAAGGAGAAGAAGGGGAAGAAGGAGAAGAAGUCUUCCAAGAAGGAGAGGAAGUAA